AUGAAUGUCCUUCACAUGGAGCUGGACCUGGCCAACAUGCGCUCCAUGAGGGACUUCUGUAAGACCUUCCUACAGAGGGAGAAGAGACUGGACAUCCUCAUCAAUAAUGCAGGUGAGAGAGAGAGCGGGAGGGAGGGAGGGAGUAUGUCUUGUCAGCCAUUUGUCCAAGGAUUCCUAAAUACCAUGUAAGGGUCCGUUCACACUGCUCGCAGUAAAACAAACUAUGCCAGAAACAAGCCAUUACGUUGGUCCUAGCUGACAGAAUAAUUGAUUAGAACCAAUAAAAUGACUUUUCGGAGUCGUGAACAGACCCUCCAGCCACCCAAGCCAUAGACUGUUCUGUCUGCUUCUGCACGGCAUGCGGUACCGGAGCAACAAGUCUGACACAAACAAGCUCCUUAACAGCUUCUAUCCCCAAGCCAUAAGACUGCUAAAAAGCUAACAAAAUUACAUUUUAUUUUGCACUGACUCUAUGCACACUCACUCACUCACUCUAUGCACACACUCACACAGACACUCCAACACACACACACACACACACACACACACACACACACUUCAUUUGUUCACACACACACACACACACACACACACACACACACACACACACACACACACACACACACACACACACAUUCAUACUGUCUCUUAACACACUCACAUACAAUCAUCAUAUACGCUGCUGCUACUCUGUUUAUCAUACAUCCUGAUGCCUAGUCACCUUACCCCUAUACAUAUCUAACCCUCCCACUCCAGUAUCCCUGCACAUAGUAAAUAUGGUAUUGGCACUGACCCUGGAGCUGACCCUGUAUAUAGCUACUGACCCUGGAGCUGACCCUGAAACGGACCCUGUAUAUAGCUACUGACCCUGGUGCUGACCCUGGAGCUGACCCUGAAACUGACCCUGUAUAUAGCUACUGACCCUGUGACUGACCUGAUCUGACCUGAUCUGCCCUGUAUAUAGCUCUGACCCUGACUGCCUGUGCUACUGACCCUGAACUGACUCCUGUAUAUAGCUACUGACCUGGUCUGACCCUGGAGUACCCUGGACUGCUGUAUAUAGCUACUACUGACCUGACACUGAUACCUGAUAGUCUGACCUGGAUGCCCUGUAUUAUAGCUACUGACCCUGGUCUGAUCCCUGUAAUAUACUGACCCUGAUCUUACCCUACUGACCCUGAACUGACCCUUAUAGCUACUGACCUGGUGCUGACCCUGGAGCUGACCCUGAAACUGACCCUGUAUAUAGCUACUGACCCUGGUGCUGACCCUGGAGCUGACCCUGAAACUGACCCUGUAUAUAGCUACUGACCCUGGUGCUGACCCUGGAGCUGACCCUGAAACUGACCCUGUAUAUAGCUACUGACCCUGGAGCUGACCCUGAAACUGACCCUGUAUAUAGCUACUGACCCUGAAACUGACCCUGUAUAUAGCUACUGACCCUGGAUCUGUCCCUGUAUAUAGCUACUGACCCUGGAUCUGUCUCUGUAUAUAGCUACUGACCCUGGAUCUGUCUCUGUAUAUAGCUACUGACCCUGGAUCUGUCCCUGUAUAUAGCUACUGACCCUGGAUCUGUCUCUGACCCUGGAUAGCUACUUACUUUCUCGUGUUCUUCUUAUUUCUAUUUCCUGUGUGUUUUUGUUCUACUUGACUUUUUGAUUGAUUUGUUUAUAGUCCAACUGAUAUUAAUUACUGUUGGGAAAGAGCAGGAAGGCAUUUCAAUGUACUUGUGCACGUGACAAUAAAAACGUCAAACUUGAAACCCUCAGGUCUUGUUUCUAGGUUUUCUGGCGGUGCGUUUGAGUGCAUUCAUGAGGAGGUACAGACUCACUAUGUUCAGCGUUCUGCAGGCACAGUGUUCCCUAAUACCCUGUCACAGAACCAUCUAACCUUGAUGGGUAAAUGGGAUAUAUUUUCUUCUCCCGCUCUCUCCACCCAGGCAUUUUUUUUUUAUAUCGAGGUAUAUUUCACUUUCUCUGUUCAUAGGAGUAACAACAUGAAUUUGUGCAUGAGGCAGAAAUAAUGCGGUGCGACUCGAGUUUCGCCAUCAGCUGGAAGACGGUGUCCCUAUUUGGUCAGUGUCAGUGGAGGAAAGGGAGAGCGGAGGGGUGUUGAGAGGCGGACCCUCAGUCUGGUGCUCUCUCCCUCCGCUGAGACUGACCAUCAGAUGCAGGCACCAUCAGCCCAGUAAAAUAAAAAUAAAAAGCAAAUUAUUUAAAUAUAUGCUCACUCAGCUGUGCCCCACAAGUAAAACAACAACUGAUCUAUUACCAGUGUGAUCAAAUAGCCUACCUCAAAUUUGGAAAUAUAAUUUAACAAAUGGUCUGAACAACAAUGCAUUGGCAAGCUUCUACCCCCAAGCCAUAAGACUCUUGAACAGCUAAUCAUGGCUACCCGGACUAUUUGCAUUGUUCCCCCCCACCCCACCCCACCCCACCCCCACCCUCUCUUUUAAGCUGCUGCUACUCUGUUUAUUAUCUAUGCAUAGUCACUUUAACUCUACCCUCAUCUACAUAUUACCUCGACUAACCUGUGCCCCUGCACAUUGACUCUGUACCGGUACCCCCCUGUAUAUAGCCUCGUUACUGUUAUUUUAUUUUACUGCUGCUCUUUAAUUAUUUGUUAUUUUUAUAUUUUACUUAUACAUUUUUUACUUAACACUUUUUUUCUUAAAACUGCAUUGUUGGUUAAGGGCUUGUAAGUAAGCAUUUCACUGUAAGGUCUACACCUGUUGUAUUCGGCGCAUGUGGCAAAUCAAAUUUGAUUUGAAGGGAAGGGAAUUCAAGCAAAGCCAAUAUGUAGUGAUAAUGUAUUGGGCCUAUAGCCUACUGCACAAACCUCAUUGCUACAGUACUGUUUCUAAUUGGUUAAUGUUGCAUAAGCUUACGUUUUUUAAGGUCAUGUUAAAAAAACUUCUGAGCGGUAGAUCUCUGUUUGCAUUUUGACUCAAAGUGAUCUGGACUCAAUGAAGGUUGGUGACCACUGCUGUAGAUUAUAGUGAUUAUACAUCCCAUAAUCUAAUGGUCAGGAUGAGGUCUGAUACACGUAUACGGGUACAGUCAUAGUUCAAGAUCAGAGUAUAUGCCAAUUAGCAGAUGCUUUUAUGCAAAGCGACUUAGUCAUGCGUGCAUACAUUUUAACGCUUGGCGUUACAAGCAAACAGUGAUGUUAUGUUAUGGUCAGGAUGAUCGAGGGGAAAGGAGAGCAGACAGUGAUGUUAUGUUAUGGUCAGGAUGAUCGAGGGGAAAGGAGAGCAGACAGUGAUGUUAUGUUAUGGUCAGGAUGAUCGAGGGGAAAGGAGAGCAGACAGUGAUGUUAUGUUAUGGUCAGGAUGAUCGAGGGGAAAGGAGAGCAACAGUGAUGUUAUGUUAUGGUCAGGAUGAUCGAGGGGAAAGGAGAGCAGACAGUGAUGUCUAUGGUUAUGGUCAGGAUGAUCGAGGGGAAAGGAGAGCAGACAGUGAUGUUAUGUUAUGGUCAGGAUGAUCGAUGAGAGGAGAAAGGAGAGCAGACAGUGAUGUUAUGUUAUGUCAGGAUGAUCGAGGGGAAAGGAGAGCAAACAGUGAUGUUAUGUUAUGGUCAGGAUGAUCGAGGGGAAAGGAGAGCAAGACAGUGAUGUUUAUGUGUAUGGUCAGGAUGAUCGAGGGAAAGGAGAGCAGACAGUGAUGUUAUGUAUGGUCAGGAUGACGAGGGGAAAGGAGAGCAGGACAGUUAUUUUGGUCAGGAUGAUCGAGGGGGAAAGGGAGACAGUGAUGUUAUGUUAUGGUCAGGAUGAUAGAGGAGAAAGGAGAUCAGACAGUGAUGUUAUGUUAUGGUCAGGAUGAUCGAGGGGAAAGGAGAGCAGACAGUGAUGUUAUGUUAUGGUCAGGAUGAUCGAGGGGAAAGGAGAGCAGACAGUGAUGUUAUGUUAUGGUCAGGAUGAUCGAGUGGGAAAGGAGUAACCCCCCCCCCCCCCCCCCCACCUACGAUCCUGGUGUGGCUUGAUGCGCUAGUACUUAAAACCAGUCAUUGUGUUUAAACAGAGAGGAUUUACUCAGCCCAAAAUCUGUCCGUGUGAGAUAAGCCCUAUAAGAUAUAUGUGAGAGUGUGGAAUUACGGGAGGCUUAUUUGAUCGAAUAGAAGUUUCUUAAUGUUUAGGCUGUUAAAAAUGUACUAAUAUAAGUGGAUGCAUGUGGCAUUCCAGCAACUUUGAGAAAAACGACUUAGUUGUGCCGGUUUUUCAAUGUGUAUCUGCCAUCUCAUUGGCUAGAAUGGUCUCACCUGACCUCACUUGCCUUCACUCAUUGAGAACAUGCAUUUCCAUUGUUAGAGUGGUCAUUUCGCUAUCUUGUCAAUAUAAUAGAUCAUCUUUGGUAUAAAUGAAAGAAAAUGUUUGCACAACUCUCUCUUGUCGAUUGAAAUGUAAUUGUUUGUUUUACUAAGUCAUUAAGAAAAAACAUUAAUCAUUAAUCUCUUUCCCAUCUCUCUCUCCUCCCUCCCUCCCUCCCUCCCUCCCUCCCUCCCUCCCUCCCACCCACCCACCCUCCCUCCCUCCCUCCCACCCACCCCACCCACCCUCCCUCCCUCCCUCCCUCCCUCCCUCCCUCCCUCCCUCCCUCUCUCCCUCCCUCCCUCCCUCCCUCCCUCCCUCCCUCCCUCCCUCCCUCCCUCCCUCCCUCCCUCCCUCCCUCCCUCUCUCCUCCCUCCCUCUCUCCCAUGUUGUUCAGAGCAGCUGGACAUAUCACUACUCCAUCAUUUUCCGUAUGCUGAUGCAGGCCAUCAUGUUUAUGUUCUUCGUGCCGUGUGAGACGGGCGCUCAGACCGUGUCGGACGAGGCUGCCAAGCUCAGCGGGGGAUACUUCACUGACUGA